GGCCAACGACGUCGUUGGGGAAGAACUUAUCGGUUCUGCCAAUUAUCUGACUUUGCUCAGGGAGCCAAUUAUUACCCGUCCCUCUUCUUGUCGAAACAUACAGUCCCCUCCAUUUCCUCCGUCGUCGAAGAUCACCAGUGCACAAAAAGAGAGAGAGACAUGCAUCUAUGGCCGUCGGCGACGAUCAGAGACUCCUUCAAGCUCGAUUACCUGAGGAAGCUCGACUGGAACCUCCAGAGGAUGAAAAGCGAGAAGGAAUCACAAAAAUCAGUCAAGCAGAACCUGCUCGAUGGCCAAGACGGCGGAGCCGCCAAACAGUUGGAUAGCCCACGAGGCCAAGUCAACGGAAAAGCGGCGGACUUGACCAAUCCAAAGGCUCAUGGAAGAGAUAGAAUGGUCGCUGGACUCUGCGGAGAGACUCUGAUGCUUCUCUCUUGCUGCUUCUGCUGUGGAGCAUGCGCAGAUGAAGAGGCUGAUCUUAUCUUUUGACGACGAGUCUAGGAAUCGAACGUCACAGACAAUAAUGUAGAGUCUUUCUUAGUUUUGGUCUUAAUAUUAGACUUCCCUGGGCGUAUAUGUCAACAAGACGAAGAUGAUACAAGGGAAAAUUGUAAUUCUUGUUACAACUAUGGAGGAGGAUGUCUGCACCUGUAUAUUGUUGGGUGCUAAUAUGACGCAGAAUGCUUGUAUUGCUAAUUUUCUAUGGAUAGAAUAACAUUGUUUACGAUUGGUUUUACGGUGGAACUUUA